AUGGGCGAUCUGAAAACUGAAGACUCCAUUGCAUCCCCCCUGGUUCAUGGGUGUCCCAGAGCUUGCACCAUUCUAGGGUCUAACCCAGCAAACUGGACACAGAUUCACGAUCUUAAUACCCUCGAGCGGUGCAAGGAGCCAACUCUGUUCGCCUUCAACAUUAAGAGUGAGUUGCAUGUUGAUAUGCCCAUGUUCUCUUGUUCUUUGCUCGAGGAGUAUCCCAAGCGUGUUUCAACGAAAUUGGCAAAGGCCGCCUGGACAAAUGUCGACACACAGGAUGUUGAUGCUGUAAGCCAGCGCCUGAAGGACUCUGAAUCCUGCGGUGCCAUCGCGAGCACCAUUGAUGUGAUGCUUGAAUCUGGAAAUGCUGGAGAUCUUCGCUCCACCGCUAACUCUACUAAAAAUGCUGUGACUGCCGUGAGAAAUUUGGCUUCCUAUAUGACUGAUGCUUCGUCCUGUGGAACAACCAUUCUAUUUUCCAAGUAUGGAGAUUCCGUAGCUGCGAUGUAUGCCGGUGCAGACGCUCUGCAGAGAGGAAUUGGCGAGACACUCGAGCGAUUUGGGACCAUUGGUCUGUUUGUUGCCAGCUCCGUUGACAAACUUGAGGAGGCUCAACAUGCGCUUCAGACAUGGGCCAGCGGCGAAUGUGUCACGAUUGCUAGCUCCAAAACAUCAAAAACCAGUCUAAGUGUUUUGGAAGCUUCCGAGAGGAGCAAGCGAUCUUCCAUGCUCUCUCUCCUUUCCAACACACUCACCCCUCGCGCCGACUGCCGCACUAUCCAAGUCGUUCCAGGCGACAGCUGUGGUGCGCUUGCUAGCCGCUGCGGCAUUACUGGCGCCGCCUUCACCAAAUACAACAGCCAAAAGAACCUAUGUGCUACGCUCAAACCAAAGCAGUACGUCUGUUGCUCGUCGGGCUCCCUGCCUGACAUGAGACCCAAACCCCAAGCCGAUGGAACAUGCGCCGUAUACACGGUCCAAGAUAACGAUAACUGCGCUGAUAUCGCCGCCCAGUUUGGUCUGGCCGCGAAGGACAUUGAAAGCUUCAACAAGGCUACAUGGGGCUGGGCUGGCUGCUCUCGUUUACAAAGGGAUCAAGUCAUCUGCUUGAGUAAAGGAAACACUCCCAUGCCCGCGUCACUCAGUGAUGUUACGUGUGGACCUCAGGUUCCUGGGACCAAGAAGCCCAAGGGCGACUUUACCGGGUUCGAUCUCACCAAGCUGAAUCCUUGCCCUUUGAAAGCCUGCUGCUCUGGUUGGGGGUUCUGCGGCACGACAGAGGAGUUUUGUACUGAGUCUCCUGCUGACACCGGCGCGCCGGGCGCAUUCAAGCACGGCACAAACGGUUGUAUAUCCAAUUGCGGUACCGAGAUCAAGAAUAAUGACGUGAAACCAAAGACCUUCCGCCGCGUCACCUACUUCGAAGCAUUCAACAUCAACCGGGACUGUCUGAAAAUGGAUGUCAGAGAAAUUAACGACGACGACCUCACUCAUGUCCAUUUUGCUUUUGGGGGCCUUACCAGCGACUUCGAAGUGACGUUUGAUGAAGCUUUCAAGGAUCAAUUCGAUGCCUUUGCUAAGAUGAACGCUCCAUGGAAGAAAAUCCUCUCGUUCGGCGGGUGGGCCGAGUCGACCGACGCCGCGACAUUCCAGCACUACAAGGACGUCGUCAAGCCAGGGAACCGUGAGAAGUUUGCGAACAAUGUGGUUGCCUUCGUCAAGAAACACAAUCUUGACGGUAUUGACUUUGAUUGGGAGUACCCCGGCGCAACCGACAUUCCUGGAGUCCCUGGGGGCCAGGGCGAGACAGGCAAUUACCUCGAUUUCCUGAAACUCAUGAGGGGAAGGCUGAGUGAUAAGUCUCUCUCUAUUGCGCUACCAGCAUCUUACUGGUAUCUCAAGCCUUUCCCUGUUGACAAGAUGGCCAAGUAUGUCGACUACUUCAUUUACAUGUCUUAUGACCUGCAUGGGCAGUGGGACUAUGGCAACCAAUAUGCGAGCCCCGGAUGCGACGACGGAAACUGUCUCCGCUCCCACGUCAACAAGACAGAGACGCACAACGCCUUGGCCAUGAUCACUAAGGCCGGCGUACCCGCCAACCAAAUCGUCGUAGGAGUGUCCAGCUAUGGUCGUAGCUUCGGCAUGGCUGACCCUAGCUGCACCGGUCCGAUGUGCAAGUUCACCGGGUCCUUCACCGACUCCACGGCUCAGCAUGGCGUCUGCACCGACACUGGCGGAUACAUCUCAAACGCAGAACUCCAGCUCAUAAGUGACAACGCUUUACUGGGCUAUAGCGGCUACCAUGCCAAAUCAUGGCAUGAUGACGCAAGUGACUCAGACAUCAUGGUUUACGGCGUGCACGAGGAUGCGCACACCUGGGUGGCUUAUAUGGAUGAGGACACAAAAGCCGGCCGCAUAGACUGGGUGAAGGGAUUGAACUUUGGCGGCGUGUCUGACUGGGCCAUUGACCUUGGUGACUGGUAUGAUGGAGUGGACCCGGACGAUGAAGACUCGGCCGCCUUGUUAGCAGGUGGAAGGACGUUCGAUGGCUGUCCAUCAGACAAUUGGCCUGAGACCCUGGAUAAACUGAAUGACAAUCUGGACAAGAUUGCAGUUGAGUGUCAGUCUCAGGCUGUUGUUCAUGUCCUCCUUCUGCAUGUUAAAGAUGCAGUCUCUGACUACGAGAAGAUUUCUUCCGGCGACUACGAUGAAAAGUUCAAAUACUAUGCUGAAUGGAUACGAGACGGGAUCAACGACUCCCUGGGCAAAUUCAUGUACCAAAAUGGCUCCAAACACAUGGACUGCGAGUGGGAGGGCGCCGGCUCGACCGGCUCCGGGCCAUGCACUGAACUACACCGCGGAUCAGCCAAGGGAACGCAGCAUGUGACAUUCAAAAUGCGGGAUGAGGAUGGCUUCUACAAGGACCUGUUGGCGGACUACGGCAUCCAGAAGGACUGGAUUCAAUGGAAGGAUACCGUCAUGGUAGUGCCUCCCUGUGUUUGUCCGGACCCCAGCCAAAAUUGUGAAAUCUGUAACGAUCCGAAUCGAUACGCAGAGACCUAUCACAACUACCCCCAGCGCAAGGACAGUGAUGACGACAUCGACGUGCCGAAUCCAAAGACCGUGAUUGACGCAUCCAUUCCUGAUAUCACAUCCCUCUCCACCACGAUGCUCUCCAGCUACUUCGAUAUGCGCACGUUUACGCUUGAUGCCGACUACGGCGAUGUCGCCACGUCCUUCAGCAUGCCCGUUUUCAUGCUCCAAGACGCCACGGAACAAAUGAAAGUCAUCCGAACGAUCGGAGCCAAAGUGGAGGCUGCCGAGAAGAAGAAGCUUAUCAUGGGAAUUCUCACGAUAGUCUUCAUGAUCAUUCCGUUCGCCGGCGAGGCCGCCGCCGCUAUUGGUGGUGCGACUGCGAUUGCGCGUAUGGCGAUGGUAAUCGGCGAAGCUGGAAACGCGGCACUGAGUAUUGCUGACAUUGUUGAUGACCCAACCUCUGCGCCCUUUGCGAUUGCAGGCUUGCUCCUUGGCGCAGGGGCCGCCGGUCGACCGACGAGAAGGGUGUUCAGGCAGGCUGCUGAUGCUCGCAGGGGGAUGUCUGCUGAGAAGCUGAUGGCUUUCAGUGAUGCAUUCCGUCAUAAAGAUAGUAUUGUGCAGAAUAUUGUCAAGAGGUGUGCUGCUUAG